UCCUAUUUCAAUUUUAUUUCUUAGAUCUAAUAUCAGACGCGAAUCGAUUUUACGCUGUGUAAAAAAAAUAUAUAUUUUCCUAACUAGUAUGAUUACGUGAAUAAAAGGUAGAAUAAAAAUGGAAUUUAAUAAUGAUACGAUUAUGUGCCAUUUUAGUAGUUAUAUUUAUUCCGUUGCCAUCGAACCAACACUUUAUAUGGCCGCUGGACAUGUGCUUGCUGGCGGACAUCUGCAACCACACCUGGAUCCCCGAAUGCGGGCUGGAGAGAGACGAGGACUACUACCGGCUGUUCCUGGACGAGUGCGACAUGUUUGAGUACAACUGUGACAACAUGCUAUACUUCGAAGUGAGAAACUACGGCGAGUGCUUUGCAGGAGGCAUGCAUUGUCCCCCUAUGAAAUGUCCUCCAACUUCGAAGUGUCCCAAGCACCGUCGAGCACACGAGGGCUGGCUCUUCAAGCGAGCCCAAGAUGCACCCAGGGACCACACCACCCCCCCAAACCUACCCGCGCACAUGCUCCGUGGCAAAAGAAGAUAUACCCCAUACAAAUUCAGAACACCAUUCCGUGUAGAGCCAUUCCCUCGAGACCAUCACCUAUCGAUAUUAAAAAGUGAACUUGAAAAAUAUCAAACUAAAGAUAAAAUCAAGAAACAGACGAAGAACGCCAAGCACAAACUAAAACAUACGAGAAGGCCUGCAAUGAAAAAAACUGCAGUGAAAGCAAGACUUACUAAGAAAAAAAUUGUAGUUAAAACAACACCUAUAAAGAAAAGUGUAGUAAAAAUUAAUGCCACAAAAGGACACACUAAGGUUACAAUACCUAUUAGAGUGCUUAGUUCGCGAUUGGUGGCACAACGGACCAAGAGCAUGUGGGAAACAAUGAUUAUAAAAACUAGUAUUUUCAUAAGCAACGGCAGGAACGUGGUGAAGAUCUUCAAAGGUUAUCGUAAAACUAAACAGAAUGACGAUUCAGAUUUUUUAGAAUAAACAAAUUAAUGAGA